AUGCUCUCCCCACCAAUUAGGCAAUUAGACAUUCACAUUUGCAUCUAUAUUAGAAAGGAAGACAGCUCGUCUGACCACACCCAAAAAAAGCACCGUAUGACCGCUUCUUCCGUUCCUGCGCCUGCCCGAGAACCUGCACCGCGCCUACGUAGAACAAAAAUCGCACGCAAGCCUCCCGCCAAAUCGUCGAUACGAUGUACGACUGGUGCACUUUUACAAGGGUCGACGUACUACUCCACCAUGAGUUCUUGCCUGUCCGCACAUCAUAUGUUCCCGUUUUUGGGCACUCUAUUCCUAAGCCACCAGCAGCAGGAAAUGAAGUUCAGCGACGGCGUGGUAUUGGGCUUCCGGCUGCAACAAGAAAAGCGGAGGACAUCAAAGCUCCACCGGAAAAUCGAUUUUGUCCGCUUUGUGCAAAGAAAUAGAAAUGUUGAGGGGGCGGGUGGAACGACGACUGGUGCGGGUGCUUCAUCUAGUGCUGGGACAACAUCAAGAACAGAUUACGCAGCCAGGAGGAGACGAGAAGAAAUAGAAAAUGAAACAGUUCCAGCACCUAGAAGAGAUAUUCCAUCGGCUCAAAAGGUAGUAGGACGGCGCGAAAGGAGCAGACGGCGGGACAAGGUAGAUCAGGAAGAGAUACGGUCCGGCGAAACAAGAACGGACGACGUGGAACCGAAUAAAGAAGCGACGUUUCUCCACACAAUAAUCAGCAGCACGCGAGAUGAUGAUGACCGUGAAAUUCAUCUUCACGACGCGGCACGAGACUACAGCGUAGGACAUCAAAAACGAAAACCUUCGGCGAAGCUUGAAGAUCGAGAUCAUGCUGUUGGUGGACACGAUCAUUCAUCCGAGGAAAACAGAAGUCAGAUAGGAAAUUAUGGAAGACCUCCACGAGCCCAUGGCGUGGCCGAUGAAGAUGUCGAAAAUACAGUCGACACCGGCGUCAGUACAGUACUAAGAGAAGAGGGACAAGAACUUCGUAACAAGGAAGGCGCACGACGCGGACGAAGUCAGCAAACAAGGCACGGCGACAUCGACUUCCCUCCCGGACCACGACCCUCCGCAUUUCCGGCGACCGGCGGCGCGACGAUAAACUUUCUAGAUAGAAACUCUAAGGAGCAGCUGCCGGAAGAGGAGGCGCCAGCAGCUGAUGUGGAUGUUGAUGACCAUGGCCGUAGUUCAACUUCUCUUGUUCCUCUGCCUCCAGGUCCAGCGACACACAAAAUCGGUGGUGGUGGCGCUGCCACAGGUGCAGUCGCUGCCGAAGCAGGAGGCGGAGAUGUUACUACAACAACUUUUUUAGGUAGUGCUGAAGGCGGGGGUGGAACUGACGCAAACGGGAGCAAGGGUGUCGCACUCACGAAAGCGGACAUAAAAGCGAUGCAAACAGGAGGCUCUGCUGCAGGUAAUGCCUCCCCGCAGGCGCCCCCCACAAGUCCAACUGGUGCGGCAGCUGGCAAUGCAACUGAAGGAGGAGCUGCAAUGCAGUCCGCCAGUAAUUCCGUUACGGAAGGCGAAGGGGACGGCACCAGCACUUCUUUCCCAGGCGACGGAACAGGCACGAUCGGGGACGACGAAUCUGAUGCGCCCGCGGCAGCGGGCGACAACUCCGUGUGCAUUCUGAGCAUCGUGGCCUGCAUUUUACUUGCCGGGAUCGUGCUCAUCAUCUUUUUGGUGUGUCGUGAUAAGAACAAGCAGCAGGAGGACUACUGGCAGCCCGUGCGGUUCCAAAACAGCUUCGUGGUGCAAAAUAAGUCAAAAAAGGGUGAUGAGGACGACGAAGAGGACGGCGAAGUUAUCAGAUUCGAAAAUACUAUGAACUUCCCAUUUUCAUGCCACGCCUUGUACGUUGAAAUAAUUUCGUUUUCGGUUUUCACGUUGUUCAUCAGCUAUCAUGUCGUGGAGACGGACUUUAUUUGCGCACGAUUUUUGUCUCCACAAAGAAACGACCAUCCAAAUCAGAACUGGAAGAGCUCUAAUAUCGUUGACCGCAGGGGUAUACGUAAAGAUAAGAAAGAACAUAAGUGGUCCAAAUCUUCCAUAUGGGCAUAUAUAUAAGUAAUUUCUCUGUUCGCUUGAAAAUGGGAUGAAGUUCAUAGGUUUUCUAAGACUCGAUAUGUGAAGAGGACGGCUCUGGCGAAGCCAAGGAUGGGGCUGAUGAAGACGACGGCGACGAAGAGGCCCAGCCGUUGCCGACUUCCGGGGUUUUCGGGGGCGAGGUCAUGGUGAACACCAACGUGCAGGCGGACGCCCCGGGGACACAGAACGUGCAAUCUUACCUCCCCUCCGUGCAGGCGGGCCAGUCGCAGCAGUUUGCCCCCUCGCAGCUGAUGGGCGCGAGUCAAAUGGUGCUGCCCACCGGCGAGGUCGGUUUCGACCCCGGGGCGGUGCCGCUCCCGAUGAAGAACUACCACCAGGGGUCCUACGAGCCCUCGCAGAUGCCGGGCGCGAUGAGCGGGAUGCAAUCGUACCGCAUUGCACGGGAUUCAGCGACCGGCGGGAAGGUUUCGAGCACGCCGGGGGAUUUGUUUAGCAACGGCGGAUAUGCAUUACAAAAGUAUCGUACUAGUAUAAAUUGCAUUACAAUUUUUUUCAAAGAGGAAAGUGCAAUUUGUAGUGCUGAUUUGCCUAAGAUGGGCAAUUUGUCAUGCAUGAUUGCAAUUACUACGAGUGCGAUACUUUUGCACAGGAUAGCGGAGCACCGAUGAGCAAUCCGGGCUCCAUCGAGCCGAUGAGCCAGGAGGCCUCGAAGCAGAAACGCAAAAAAGACAUCAUCGCCGCUGUCACCUCGAAAGACGAUGAAGAAUUCGACGAGGACGAAGAGGAUGAGGAGGGCGGUGGCAGCCAGGCUGACGAGGACCAGGAUCAACCAAUUCAGCCGAAAAAGCUGCCGCCCGUGAACAUCGUCGGCCAGGGUUUUAUCCCGGAUAGUAGCGGAGGUGGUCCACAUGGCGUAGUACAGAUAGUACAGUCCGGGCCGGAGGGAUCGUCCUUCGCCCACUCGGCCACGGGGAGCCACCAGCACGUCGGGAGCCACCAGCACGCCGGGAGCGGGCUAGUCGCGGGCAGCGGCGCUCCCCAGCAGGCGGGGAGCCGGGGGGGAAGUACCAGUAAGUCCAGCGACAAUUCGGCCACUGCAAAGCAGCACCCGAAGAAGAAGGCGAAGGCCAAAGCGAAAGGGACGAAGAAACGAAACACUACAGAUAGCAAGCAUAGCAAAGACAGUAAAGGGAAUGCGAGAAUAAGUAAAGAAAGUACCGCUUCCAAUAAGAACCGGGCCGGCGGAAAUUCCGAUACAAAUACGCAGGACAUGGACUACGGAGACGCGUACUUUAUCCAGUCCGAGGGCAUAAAACGGCCCAGCCAGCAGGAAGCGGCGGUGGCGGCCGCCACACCGCCGCCCGGUAUGAACGUGAUGCCGUUGUCGCAGGGCACGAUUGAGCGCAACCUGCGGAAAAUGGAAGAAAAUGCGGAUGUGGAGGGCAUGUCGCUCCCCGGAUCGCCCUUCAUGGGUGGCAGGGGACCGAGUCCUAGUAUGCCAGCGCCCGCCGCGCCCAAGAAAGCCAUCCCCGCAAUAGUACCAGCACCCGCCGGAGGAGCGCCCGGGGAUCAAGAAGAGCAGCACAGCGAUGGGCAGCAAGGUGCUGGUGCACCGGCCCGCGGGCGCGCCAAGAAAGCCGCCGCUGCCGGCAAGAAGCGAACCGCGAAGAAGAAGGUAUCGCCGGGGAAGGGAGCGGGAGGUGAAACCAACGACGAGAGUGGCGACGACGACGACCCGCAGCACUCGUCGGCCAGUGGCAGAAAGAAAGUUCGGGCAAAGCGCAAGGCUGCGGCACCGCAAACGCCAGCUGUUCCACCGCCAUCGCCAGGAGGUGGCGCUCCGACACCGCCAGCGCAUCAAAGUCCGGGCCGGGGGAAGAAAACUGGAGAGAAGAAAGUGAAGAGAAAGGGAACUCCCGAACCGGAAGAGGGUCUACUUUUGCCACAGAACUACGUGAAAGACCCGGAACAACAGAAAAAGCCAGCGGCGCUCAAAUACGAAAUUCCAUGAUGAGCAGAGCGAAAUCUUCGUUCGAGAAGUUUUUCCAGCACGAUGAUGAGGAUCUUUUCCACGCAAUCGUCCGAGGAUCUUCUCAACGGGGAAUAGUUUUUUCGCCACAUGUUGGAGGAUAUCUACCGGCAAAGUGCUGGAGCUGGUGCAUUGAUUUUGGUUUGAUUUGAGUUUGAAAGCUUUCACUUUGAAGUUGAUCGAAUUCGAAACCACCGUAUUUGAAAAUGUUCACGUCUACUUCUCUUGUGUUUGAAAAUAAGAUUUAGAUCCAAUGC